AUGGCUGACUUUGUCGAGGUCUAUUCCACCAUUUCAACAGAGCUGCUGACGCUCUUGAGCAGCCACUUACCCUAUUCUUUACCCCUCCUUCGUCGACUACAAUUCACCAAAUUCGAAGGGGGACUACGAGAAACAGCAAAGGUUAUUUUUGUAGCUGACUCCAAGAUCAAUGAUGGAGACUCCCCCAAGAAAUUCACGGCCAUGUACGUUGACGUCGGGGGUGGACCUGACACACAAGCAUGGAUCUAUUCCACCUAUGAACACCCCGACCAAGCUACGACUAGGGACACAACUGUCUAUCAAGAGCAACUUGACAGGAUUGUCCAAGAGAGUAUUAAAAUAGCAAAGGACUACGGCCGAGAACUUGUAUAUGGCGAUGCUGUCUUGCUUGGUACACUUCAUGACUCUGUUCGUGAGCUUCUGUAUAAAACAGGACGUGUAGAACCUCGCGAAACAGGAGCAUACGAUAAGUGGCUUUUCAAAUACGAGGACAUACCCAAGGACGAAGUCAAAUUGCCCGAGGGUAUGAAGUGGGGAACGGCAACGGAGGACGACUGCCGGAUUGUCAUCUCCCGAACUGAUAUCCCUAGGACUGUACAGGUCCUGCUUCGUAUGCCAAGUCUGAUGAUCAAGCUCGAAGAUGGUACCCCUGUAUCUUGGGCUUUUCUAGGUUUCGACGGUUCGCUGAUCAGUCUUCACUGUGAAGAACCUUACCGUCGACGAGGACUCGCCAAAACACUGGCUGCAAAGCUGUUUCGUGAAAAGUCCCUUGACUUUGCGGAUGACGGUUGGUGUUGUGCAGAUGUGGCACCCGAGAAUGGAGGCAGUAGGGGGAUGUGCAAGAGCCUGAACGGAAAGCCAUAUUGGAGACUGUCAUGGGUGUUGCUUCAUGUUGGAGAAAAAGUACCAACUCAGAAGAACGGAACAGCAUGA